CCCACAAGUGCAACCGGGAACAUCAGAAAGAACACUUCUUCCUAUGGUGUUGUUUCAGAAUAUAGCACCGGGCCCACCAAACUCGGUUCUGCAGGUUGCUGUGAAGAACAACCAACAACCUGUGUGGUACUUUAAUGAUAAAAUCUCACUGCUCGUGUUGUUUACCGAGGAUGGAAGAAUGGAACGUACCGCCUUUCUCGAGACAUGGAAGUCAUUGCCAGAUUCCAACGAGGUCUCAAAAGACAUUCCGUCUAUUGUGAUAAACGAUAUUGAUGCAACCAUAGAGCGGUUAUCUUCUUCAAACAUGUUCUUUAUUGCCAAAUGUAAGAACGGCAACCAGGAUGUCUUAUACUUAUCAGCCAAAAUCCCACGCGGUAUCCCUUUCUUGAUUGAACUGACAACAGUUGUCGGUGUUCCCGGGCUUAAAUGUAACAGUAACUACAAUGAAUAAGGUGUUUUUUUAAUUAAAAUAUCACGUCGAAGUUGUUCUCGUUUUCACAUCGUUUCACGGAUCAG